AUUUUAAAGAUUGCACAUGUCCAAACAGAACAUUUGAGAAAUAACGAUAAGAAGUAAAGCUGGUUUGCUGUUCGCGUCAUUAGGUUUAGGUUACAGUUACACUUAAUAGUUAUCGUUUUAUAUUUCAACUGAAUGACAAAGGUAAAGCGUCAUUUGUCCUUUUCAGUGUCACUUUUGAAUAACAGGACACACUCAAACAGAUAUGGCAACUCUCGCGUCACCGUACGCCCCGCCCUCCAUUGUUGUGUCAAACAAAGCCAUGUCAUUCUCGCCGAUGAUUGGUUGAGCGCAAUGACCGACAGCGCUCCCAUUGGCUGAAGGCCCCGUCAAUCAAGGGUGCGGAAAAAAAUUCUUAAAAUGUACAACUCCGGCUUCCGAGUGGCACAGAAAGAGGGAUAAAGGCAGAGAAAGAGAGAGGGAUCGGACGCAAGAUGGAAUGAUGUGACAAAACGGACUCUUACGGAUGAUUUAGGGUGUAUCUGAGCAGUAAUGGUGGCACAGACGCGUUUAGUUUCGACCGGGGAUUGUUUUGUUUUUUGUGAAUGGGGAUUUCGUCGCAGGCCUCGGACAUCUGAUUAAUUUUCAUCAUCUGAUUGAUUUAACACUGUGUUUUUAUUUGUGAAUUGGCGAGAUGAAGAGGGUUAAUAGUUUCCAGAGGUUUAUGAACACCCGCGCGGCUGCAAACUGCCGUUACCAGCCCACGUGUUAUGAGCACGCGGCCAACUGCUACACCCAUGCGCUGCUGAUUGUGCCGGCGUUCGUGGGAAUGGCUCUGUUACACCGGCUGUCAGAUGACCGCUGGGAGCGGAUCACGGCCUGGGUCUACGGCAUGGGUCUGAUCGCUCUGUUCCUCGUCUCCACGGUCUUUCACAUCAUUUCCUGGAAAAAGAGCCACAUGAGGACCAUGGAGCACUGCUUCCACAUGUGUGAUAGAGUCGUCAUAUACUUCUUUAUCGCUGCCUCUUACACACCAUGGCUCAACCUCCGGGAGCUCGGGCCUCUCGCCGCUCACAUGCGCUGGUUUGUGUGGCUGAUGGCGGCAGCCGGGACCAUCUAUGUGUUUAACUACCACGAAAAGUAUAAGUUAGUGGAGCUGGCGUUUUAUUUGACCAUGGGCUUCUUUCCUGCGCUGGUGGUGACAUCAAUGAGUAACACAGAUGGGCUGUACGAGCUGGCGUUCGGAGGCUUGGUCUACUGCCUGGGCGUCGUCUUCUUCAAAUCGGAUGGCAUGAUUCCGUUCGCUCAUGCCAUCUGGCACAUAUUCGUUGCUCUUGCUGCCGCCAUCCACUACUACGCCAUCUAUGAGUACCUGUACAGCAGUCCCUCGCUGGAGGACAUCAGGGAUGUUUGAGCGCCACGCCUGCCUCCUCUUCCUCUUUCCUCCUCCAUCACCAUAACAUCUCAACCGGAUGCUCCAAACACCCACAGUUUAACAGUACGACCAUGCAAUGUUUACGGUUUUCUAACCAACUGGAAUCAGUGAAGUGUGUGUGUGUGUGUGUGUCGCAGUCCUGAAUGCACAUUUGCCACAGUUGCACCAAGACGGCAAUGUUUGUGUGUUUUCCCCAUUUUCAUUAGUAUUAUGUAAAUAUAUUCCACUGGAAGCAGAUGAAUUGUGAUUCUUUUUGAUAUUUAAUGAUUUUUCACACACACACACACACACACACACACACACACACACACACUCAC